UACACAUGAGGAAACCCUUCAAUUCUAAUAAGAACGGAGAACUCUGCCAACUACUUUUCAGCCUCAUUCUCAUAAUUUGCCUUUGUUUAUAGAAAUUUCUAAAUGAUGGCACAGGUUUUGCCUAGUAAGUUUCAGUCAGAGGAAAUAAUCACCAAAUUCGCACUUCAUAAAGAAAAGAAACAAAGUAGCAAAUGUUUGGUGUACACUUUGGCUUGCUUUGUGACCCUCUUUGGCGUGUGUUUAUGUUUUGCAUCCGUCGUUUUGAGAGUUAGAGAACCCAAGAUAGAAAUCAAAUCAGCUAAGAUGAUGCACGUUGGUUAUAGCAUCACUUCAUCAUCAUCACCAUCAUAUGCUUCCUUUAACGUGACCAUGAUUUUUUCUAUGAUGAUCAUCAACCCAAACUAUGGCCACUUCAGUUACCAUAACAGUUCAGUGAAAUUUCUUUACGGGGUUGUAAGUGUUGGUGAAAGGGGAAUUGUGGGUUCGAGAGUGAAGGGUAGAGAUAUCCAAGAAUUCAAUGUGAUGGUGAAUGCAAGGUCCAGUAAUAAUAUCAAUUAUUCAGGUGUAACGAAACUAAGAAGCUAUGCGGAAUUGAGUGGUUGUGUGCAAGUAUUGAAGAUUGUAAACAAGAGGAAGAACAUAGUGAUGGCUUGCAUUAUGACUCUCAACUUCACAUCUCAUUCGAUUCAACAUCUUCAGUGUUAGUUAAGGUUAAUGCUAGCUAGUUAGACCAAUCAUGUUAAUAAAAUUUUUAGGACUUUUUUUUUUUUUUUGCUAUAACUAACAGUGAUGGAUUGCAUGGGCUGGGCCUGUAACACAUAUCGCGGGUUCCCGGGUCUGAUUCCGCUAUUAGGCCUGAAAGUGAAGCUGCAACAAUAGUACGGCCGAAAGCUUACAUGUUUUAGACCAAGAAAAGAAAAAGUUACAUAUAUUUUUUAUUUUAUUACUGCAUGUUGCUUAUUUAUGGGUAUGGCUAACAAGUAUUUUUAUUUAUUGUUA